CGUCCCCAUCUCUCCCCUCCCCCCUUCCUUCCCCACCCCGCCUCCUCCUCCGCCACGCCACCUCUCCCCCCUCCGCCUCGCGCCCUCCGCCGCCCGGAUCCCUCGCCGCCGGCCGUCCUCUCCCCGCGCCUCGGAUCGCUGCAGGCGGGAAAUUGUGGGUGCCUGAUGACGUGAUUGACGCACACAUGCCGCGCUAGGUAAUGACGAGCUUGCCUGAGAGGGGUGCAACACCGCCAUCCAAUCCUACGUCGUCAUCGUCGUGUGAGGGGGACGCUGCCGUAGCUUCUUCUUCGGCUUCUUCCGCCUCAGAGGAGCAGAAGAAGGACGGCAGCCCGAAGCAGUGCAAGGCGUCUAUCCUCUCGAGCGUUCUCACCAUCUUCGAGCCGGACCAGGAUCAGUCAGGCAGGUCAGGGGGUCACGCCUCCGGGUCCUAUGCUUGGUCGAGGGUUCUGAGGCGGUUUGUGGGUGGCGGCUCCAUGUGGCGUUUCCUGGGAUGCGGCAAGGCUCUGACCGCCGCCGACGUCUGGUUCCUUGGAAAAUGCUACAAGCUGUCAUCCGAGGAGUCGUCGAGUGACUCGGAUUCUGAGGGCGGGCAUGCUGCGUUCUUGGAGGACUUCUCGUCCAGGGUAUGGAUCACCUACAGGAAAGGUUUUGAUGCCAUAUCUGAUUCCAAGCUCACAAGUGAUGUCAACUGGGGUUGCAUGGUUAGAAGCAGUCAGAUGCUGGUUGCACAGGCACUGAUUUUUCAUCAUCUUGGAAGGUCUUGGAGAAAGCCCGCACAGAGUCCAUCUGACCCAGAACAUACAAGGAUCUUACACCUGUUCGGUGAUUCUGAAGUCUGCGCUUUCUCCAUUCACAAUUUACUUCAAGCUGGAAAGAGUUACGGUCUGGCUGCUGGAUCAUGGGUGGGUCCAUAUGCUAUGUGUCGGGCAUGGCAAACCCUUAUCCGCACAAACAGAGAGCAACCUGAAGUUAUAAAUAGGAAUGAAAGUUUUCCUAUGGCGCUCUAUGUGGUCUCGGGUGAUGAAGAUGGUGAAAGAGGUGGAGCUCCAGUUGUUUGCAUUGAUGUUGCUGCUCAGCUUUGCUAUGAUUUCAACAAGGAUCAAUCAGCAUGGUCGCCUAUUCUUUUGUUGGUUCCUCUGGUUCUUGGUCUUGACAAAAUUAAUCCAAGGUACAUCCCACUACUAAAGGAGACAUUCACAUUUCCUCAAAGCUUGGGCAUUUUAGGUGGAAAACCUGGAGCAUCAACUUACAUUGCUGGGGUGCAGGAUGACAGGGCACUCUACCUAGAUCCCCAUGAGGUUCAGAUGGCAGUUAACAUAGCAUCUGAUAACUUGGAGGCGGACACUUCCUCAUACCACUGCAGCACCGUCCGUGAUAUGCCUCUAGACCUGAUAGAUCCAUCCCUGGCAAUUGGUUUUUACUGCCGUGACAAAGAUGACUUUGAUGAUUUCUGUUCUCGGGCCUCGGAGUUGGCAGAGCAGGCGAACGGAGCACCGCUCUUCACUGUCGUGCAGUCAGUUCAGCCGUCGAAACAGAUGUACAACCAGGAUGAUGGGUCCGGCUGUUCAGGCUACGGCGUCUCCGACAACAUCGACGCGGAGGACCUUGAUGGCUCGGGCGAAACAGGAGAAGACGAGUGGCAGAUUCUCUGAAUGAAAGGGAAGUUUAACUUCAGUGCUCGGUUAAACCUUCACAUGACCACUCGUUGGGUUAAUGCCCCCGUGUGUGAAGUAAAGACUUCAAAAACCUCGUGUGAAAUCUAGGGUUUCCAGUUCUACGGAACAAGCGGGUGUGCCGCUUGUUCCGCGGAGCUGGCAGGCCGGAAAAGGUAGGAGCCGUUACGCUGAUCAUCGGAUCGGCACAAGUUGGUUCGAUGGGAAAUUCCUCUGUACCAUACCAUACGCGCUGUUGUGGGUGACUGCAAAAUGUAUCUAUUGAUUGGUUUACGCUAGGCAAAUUGGCAGAUUGGUUAUAAAUGUUUCCUUUGUUGCCA